AAAAAGAGACUAUUAACGCAAAAUAUUGUCUGUUAAUAGUUGACAUUUCUGUAAAUUGUGCAGUCGGCUUUAUAAAAUUUUAAGCAACUUAAGUUUCAAACUCUGCUGUUUUGUUUUGAGUAAAAACAUGUUUUUAAAUGAUAUUGGACAGCCCUUAAUAUUAGAUCAUCGAAAGACAUAUGGGCCUUACGAACAACACGACGGACCGUUGAUACUGACAGCAGCCGCAUUUCAGGACCACGUAUAUCCUAAAAAUUGGUGUGGACAAGUUUUCGGUUCUGCAGACGAUGUAGCCCGGUUCCAGAGCACCGUAGCCGACGCCACCCAAGCAUACACAUAUAAUGUGCUUACCCCAAACGAACCGUUCCAAAUGGAAUACAAGAAAAUCAAGAAUACUUUGACUUUGAUACCAACGGAUCCCAAUACACGUUUAUAUUACCUGAAAAAUGACUAUAUAAGAGCCUUAUGGGUUGACAACUUGUCCGGGUAUUUGGACUUUAUUCCUAAGGCUGGAACGUCGUUUCAACGCGCCUUAAGCAUCGGUAUAGAUGUCAUCUAUAUUGACGAUUUAUGCUAUAUGUCAGACGAGGAUUGGACAGAGGCACAAAGGGAGAACAUUUACGCGCUGGUUGAACUUCUUAGACCAAAGUACUUGUAUGGAUUACGACAGGAUAAAUUACCUAAAAGUCUUCUUGAUCUGUGUGCUCAGAAAGGUGCACUUGAAUGGGAUUGAUUUUCUAAUGUACAGUACAAUGUUGUAACACCAAAAAUAUGGUAAAAAUUUUAAUUUACAAGGAAUCGCCAUAGGGUAUUUGAAAGUAACUAAAAGCUUUAACUAAUUUUAACUUCUCCGACAAAAAUAUACAUAGAUUAUGCUUUUGUCGCCUUGGCCUUGCUUUUGACUUUCUUUACACGCUUAAGGCCAUCCAUUUUGCUCUUCAUGAACUGUGUGUACAUUGCCAUAAUAGUGGGAACAUCUUCCUGGCGAACAACUGUGGAAAUCUAAAAUUUUGACAUUAAUGCAAAUUGUCCGCUAC